UCUGUUACAAAAGAUUACCAGCCAGUUGAAAACACGGAAACAACAGGACGUGGUCAAAGUGCUCGCUGCCGUUCUAAACGUUCUUGAACCAGGUUAGCUGAACGCAGUAGAGGCGUGGUCUUGUGCCCAAUUUUCCUCGUAUUUUAACCAAGAUAACUUUUAAGUUUUCUACAUCCGACUUCUCAAACUGAGUGCAGUAAGAAUGGCAGAUGAACCCGAAGCUGCACCUGCUGGGGUCGAAGAGGUCGAUGACAGCGAGGAGUUGACUCCUGGCUACAAGGCACCGGAGAAGAAGUCCGUGGCGGAGAUCCAAGAGCUGGACGCUGAUGAUGAAAGCCUGGUCAGAUACAAGAAAGCAUUACUGGCUGGUGCGGAAAAAGUUGAAGAUGAAGGCGGGCCAAAUGUACUGGUGAAGGCUCUUGUCUUUGCUCCUGUUGGCCAUGAACGUAUUUGUCUUGAUUUGACUGGUGAUACUUCGAAGUUGAAGGACAGCCCAUUUGUGAUCAAAGAAGGAACCCCUUACAGGAUUUUUAUAAAAUUCAGGGUCCAGCGUGAGAUUGUUUCUGGUCUGAGGUAUUUCCAGACUACUCACAGAAAGGGAAUCAGAGUCGGCAAGGACAAUUUGAUGGUGGGCAGCUACGGACCCAAGACAGAGGUGUAUGAGUAUGGAACGCCUGAGGACGAAGCUCCCGCAGGCAUGAUGGCCCGUGGCCACUACACAGUCAAGAGUAAAUUCACUGAUGAUGACAAGAAUAUCUACCUGGAAUGGGAGUGGAGUUUUGACAUCAAGAAAGAUUGGGCAUAACACGGUGGUCACGUCUGCUCGGCAGUAGUCUUUUGAGAGGGACGCAAUUGUACGUGUAUAUGAUGUUUUUGUUUUUUUGGGGGGGUAAUCAUAGAGGUAAACGGAUUGAGCUGGUUCUUGUAAUUAACUUAACAGGUGUUGGGUUUUCCAUCAAGGAAAUGACAUAAAUUGGUUUCAGUUUGAGCAUAUUUUACUUUGGACAGUUUAUUACCGAACAAUGAAAAAUCACUUCCUCUGCCUUUCUUUGGCUGGACAAUGUCAUCUUGGCAAGGCAUGAGCAAAGCACUGCAGGGUGGAAAUGAACAGGCGCGAAGGAUCAGCUGAGUAUUUCUAGGAAAUGUUGGUACCAGCCAUAACCUGCAGUGCAGUGCACAUAUUUUUCAGAGUUUCUAAAGCUACUUUGUCGGUGCGAAAAGGGAAAACAUUUAACUUUCCUGUAGUAGUAGGGGUUUAGAAUGUUGAAUUUUACUUCCAGAAAUGUUGUUUAUGAUUUGUCUUAAAGAUUACACUACUCCCUCCAUCGUUGAUCACAUAUUCCUUAUUCCUCAAGUUCAGUGUCAGCAUCACUUCAGGCCGUAGUUUUCUGCUAAAGAGUGGACAAGAAGCAACUUCUUAAAGCAUCUGUGCAUCUAAUAUUGGCCACACCAACAACAUUUGUGAGCCAUCACGACAAAAUGAAAGUUUUACUAUUUUGAGCGUUCAAAGUCACAUUGAAGUGUAGGUCAGUAUUUGGGUUUGUAAUAUUUGGGAAGAGUAACCCGUCUCCUAUUUGAUUCUAAAUAUUUUGCGGGAUCAUAUAUUAAAAAUGUCAUUUUCUCAGCAGUUUUGAUGAUAGCAUUAUUCAGGCCUGGUCUGAAAUGUUGAAACAGUGUCGGA